AUGUCUCUUGGAAGCCCCAACAUCUCCUUCUUUCAUGUGUCAGCUCAGCGACUGGAUGGAUCUGGGCCCGACUUGCAGGAUGUCUACGGCCGCAGUUGUCGCCAGCGCCGCCGCCACGCGAAGUCCAAGCGCGGCUGUGCUGGGUGCAAGCGACGUCGUUGCGACGAAGCGCUUCCAGCAUGCCACAACUGCCUCAGACGGGGAGAAUCGUGCAACCUUCCAGAGAACCAACAACCAAGCCCACGGACCCCACCAUCUCAGAGCGAUGAGUUUCUUGGGCUGACGCAAGAGGUGAACCUUUAUCAAAUGAAGCUAUUCCACACAUUUGGCACUCGAACAGCACGCACCCUCAUCUUCGGCGAGCACCUGUGGCGAAACGGCAUCAUGCGGCAAUGCUUCACGCACGACUACCUAAUGCAUGCUAUCCUCCUCAUAUCUGCCACGCAUUUACAUAGCCUAGAGCCCCAUGAUCCCCGAAACUACAAUGCUUCCGUCGUCCACUUAUCGAAGACCCUUCAGCUUUUUCGCAAAGCCCUCUCGGGUCCAGUGACGCAUGACAAUGCCGAUGCGCUCAUGGCAACCGCGAUACUCUUGUACCACCACGCCUGGACGAACCUUGACUCCUUCACACCAUCUACUCCCGUAAGCGACAUAGAUGGACAGUAUCCCAAGCAGCCCCUCAACCUCUCUACAGACCCCAUCUUCACCCUCUCAGCCGGCCUCAAAGAAAUCUUCGACAAGGCCAAGCACCUCCUCACCAGAGACGGAAGCGCCUGGCUCGCAACCGCUCACUCUCGCGCCCACCUCCCCAUCGUCGAAGCCGCACGCCGUUGUUCGAAAGCCCCAGAGUAUUUCGAAGAAUACUUGAAACGCUAUUUCCAAGGCAUCGAGAACCCCCUCUCUAGCACCAACGCCAUAGCCGGCGUGUCCUCGAAUCGCUCACUAAUUGAGAAGCUGCUACUGUCAGCGAAUACGGACGAGGCAGCCGGAUGGUUCGACCUCAUACGACUCAGCGAGCCUACCGAGAACACCAGCGUUGCAGAUAGAGAGAUUUUGACAGCCUACAUGACGGCGUCGUGUCGUCUCGCUCCGCUGCUAUCGAUGUGCAAGCCGCCGAAGCCAGACACGCGGCUAUUGAUCGUCCGUGACCCGGAGGGAGCGCAUAAUCUCUCGACGAAGCCUAUGCAUGAUGGGUUGUAUUCCUCUGUCGCGCUCUACUUGUUCUCUUUUCCGAUUCGGUCGGACGCCGUCUUCAACGCCAUGGUCCGGAGGAACGAUUGCAGAGCCUACAUGGUGCUGCUGUACUUCUAUCGAGGCGUCAAAGCACUUCUCUCCGCAGAGACGUACUGGUGGUGUCGAGCACGGGCAGACUUUAUGGAGAGAGCGCUGCAUGCAUCGCUCAGGGACACGGGCUUGGGCAAGAUCAUUGAUGCUGAGGAGCACGCAUUUAAUGCUGGUCAAGUGACGUGGGCCCGUAACACUGACAAAGAGGGGCGAAAGGCUGGCUCACCGUGCUUCUUCCAGAAUCUUUGGACCGAACAUGGCGGUUGCGUAAACUGUAUGCCUAACUAUACCGCUCCUACAAUAUGAUCCUGUUGCCAAUUCCCAUCUCAAUCAAGCUCGCAUUAGCGCAUCAAAUCACCUCGGAUAGCAGCAAAUAAUCUUACAAACAACUAAUGCUGAAUUCCGGUACUGUACAGCACAACUGUCACAUCUCUCACGAGUGCGACUUCUUCGCCCACUCUCUCAGCACAUUCUUCUUCAGCUUCCCCG